CCCCGCGCCUGAGAGCGAAGUGGGGACGAGGUUGGCUUUCUUUGCACCCUGUCUGGGCGUGGGCCCCGACGCAGCUCCGCGGAGCCUCGGUGUCUCCUGCAAGGGGGGCGGGGGGAGCCGCGGCGAGCAGCCCUGGGCUGCGGCUUCCUCCCCACGCCGUCUCCUGCGCACCGCCGACCAGGACGCGAGCCAGAGCCUGGUCCCCACGCCGCAGCGUGCCCGGCCUUCCAGCAGACCCCAGAACAAUCAACCAUGACAACCGAAUCCGGAUCAGACUCAGAAUCCAAGGCAGAUCAGGAGGCUGAGCCCCAGGAGGCGGCGGCGGGUGCUCAGGGGCGCGAGGGGGCGCAGCCCGGGCCUCCGGAGCCCCCGAGCGGGAGCGGGAGCGGCGAGGAGCCGCCGGCGCUGGAGCAAUUCGAGGCCGCGGCAGCGCACAGCACUCCGGUGCGGAGGGAGGUCACUGACAAGGAACAGGAGUUUGCUGCCGCAGCUGCAAAACAGCUCGAGUAUCAGCAAUUUGAAGACGAUAAACUUUCUCAGAAAUCAUCUAGCAGCAAACUGUCUCGGUCUCCAUUAAAGAUUGUCAAAAAGCCUAAAAGCAUGCAGUGCAAAGUGAUACUUCUAGAUGGGUCAGAAUAUUCCUGUGAUGUGGAGAAACGCUCCAGAGGGCAAGUGCUGUUUGACAAAGUGUGCGAACACCUGAACCUGCUAGAAAAGGACUACUUUGGCCUCACAUAUCGAGAUGCUGAAAACCAAAAGAAUUGGUUGGACCCUGCUAAGGAAAUUAAAAAACAGAUUCGAAGUGGUGCUUGGCACUUUUCAUUUAAUGUGAAAUUUUACCCACCAGACCCCGCCCAGCUAUCUGAAGAUAUCACCAGGUACUACCUCUGCCUACAGUUGCGUGAUGACAUCGUGUCGGGAAGGCUGCCCUGCUCCUUUGUGACCCUUGCCCUGCUGGGCUCCUACACAGUCCAGUCAGAACUUGGAGACUAUGACCCCGAUGAAUGUGGGAAUGAUUACAUUAGUGAAUUUCGCUUUGCACCAAACCACACUAAAGAACUGGAAGAUAAAGUGAUCGAGUUGCACAAGAGCCACAGAGGAAUGACGCCAGCAGAAGCAGAGAUGCAUUUCUUAGAAAAUGCCAAAAAACUGUCCAUGUAUGGAGUAGAUUUGCAUCAUGCCAAGGAUUCAGAAGGAGUAGAAAUUAUGUUAGGAGUUUGUGCAAGUGGUCUGUUGAUAUAUCGUGACCGGUUGCGAAUAAACAGAUUUGCCUGGCCAAAGGUUCUAAAAAUUUCAUACAAACGGAACAACUUUUACAUUAAGAUUCGGCCAGGAGAGUUUGAGCAAUUUGAAAGCACCAUUGGGUUUAAGCUGCCAAACCAUCGGGCUGCCAAGCGUUUAUGGAAAGUAUGUGUUGAGCACCAUACAUUUUUCAGACUAUUGUUACCAGAAGCACCUCCAAAGAAAUUCCUAACCUUGGGUUCCAAGUUCCGUUACAGUGGAAGGACGCAAGCCCAGACGAGGAGAGCCAGUGCACUGAUUGAUCGCCCCGCGCCUUACUUUGAACGCUCGUCCAGCAAACGUUACACCAUGUCUCGCAGCUUAGAUGGAGCAUCAGUGAAUGAAAACCAUGAAAUAUACAUGAAGGAUUCUAUGUCUGCUGCAGAGGUUGGUACUGGCCAGUACGCCACAACAAAGGGCAUCUCUCAGACCAACUUGAUCACCACUGUGACUCCGGAGAAAAAGGCCGAGGAGGAGCGCGACGAGGAAGAGGAGAGACGGAAAAAGGCCGAGGAAGCCACACCUGUCUCGGCAGUCCGGCACGAGGGAAAGUCACCGGAGCUUGGCACUGACUCAUGUCCCUUGUCACCCCCAUCAGCCCAUUCUGACCCUACAUCCUCCACUGAGCUCCGUAGGAGGUGUAAGGAGAACGAAUGCAGAGCUCCAGGUUCCGCCCCAACCAGAGCUGAGCAUCUGCAGGGAGAGCUGGCCUUGGACUCCGACAGCCAAGGGAAAGCUUACAUAGGGGACCAGGAUGUGGCAUUCAGCUAUAGACAGCAAACUGGCAAAGGAACCACGUUGUUUUCCUUCUCCUUGCAGCUCCCUGAGUCAUUCCCCUCUCUCCUAGAUGAUGAUGGGUACCUCUCUUUCCCCAACCUAUCCGAAACCAACUUCCUACCCCAGAGCUUGCAGCAUUAUCUCCCGAUCCGCUCACCCUCCCUCGUGCCCUGUUUCCUCUUCAUCUUUUUCUUUCUGCUCUCUGCCUCCUUCUCAGUGCCAUAUGCCCUCACUCUCUCCUUCCCUCUGGCUCUGUGCCUCUGCUACCUGGAGCCCAAGGCGGCCUCCUUGAGCGCCUCCCUAGACAAUGACCCGAGUGACAGUUCAGAGGAAGAGACUGACAGUGAGCGAACAGACACCGCAGCGGAUGGAGAAACCACUGCCACGGAGUCGGACCAGGAGGAAGAUGCAGAACUCAAGGCACAGAAUAGUCUGAUUAAGCGAAUAAAGGGUGAAAAUGUGUAUGUCAAACAUAGUAAUCUUAUGUUAGAGGAGCUAGAUAAAACUCAAGAUGAACUGAUGAAACAUCAAACCAACAUUAGUGAGCUGAAAAGAACCUUCUUAGAAACCUCAACAGACACUGCCAUAACGAAUGAGUGGGAAAAGAGACUUUCUACCUCCCCGGUGCGACUGGCUGCCAGGCAGGAGGAUGCACCCAUGAUUGAGCCACUUGUACCUGAAGAGACCAAAGAAGAAAGAGAGAUUUCUGAAAAAGUUAUAUUUUUGCAGCAAGGAGGUGCUCCAUUCCUUGAGUCUCAGCCAAGUGUGAUUAAGAAAAUACAGGAAGGAGACUCUGCUGGUUCUGUGGCUACUUCUCGGCAAAUAAUUUUCCAGAAAACUGUCCCAUCGACCCUAGAGGGCCCAGAGGAUUGGGUUAUUGUAGACAAAAUACCCACUGAGGUAGUUGAUGGUGAUUCGAAAAAGAUUGUGACUUACAAGGUGGUGACGGUGAGCAGUAGAACUGGUGACAUCCCAGCGGACAUGCUGAAAUCUAGCACUGUCGAAAUGCAUAGCUUCGAUGAUUUGGCCCGAGAAUUGCAACUGAAAGAAGAGAACAAACAGAAAAUAUACACUCUAGGAAAAUCCUACGACACCGUCUCCGGAAGAAUCGUUACUAUGACUGGGAAAACCAAAGAAGGAGAGAGAGUAGCUCAGCCCUCCUCUCUGGAGGUGCUUCAGAAAAUGGAGAGAGGCGUGUCAGAGGCAGGGAAGGCUGUUACUAUCCUGACAGAAUACGAGGUCCUGGAAACCCUGGCUGAUGACAAGUCCAGGAGAGGACCCGAGGUCCAGACAACAAAGCGGAAAUUGUCAGAAUCCCUGGCUCCCAUCAAGGAAGCCGAGUCUCGCCGGCAGAGUCCUGAAGAGGAUGACCUCCAGAAGGCUGCAAAGCUGGGGGAGGACGUGGCUGUCCACCCUCGCCCAGAAAGUGUCCGGUUCAGCAAGACAGAACACGUACCAGAUAGUGAGGUCUUGAAAGUGGGACUCUUUGGUCCCCGAAGAAAGAGCCUGUCUGAGUGGAGAUAUUCCCAGGAACCAGCCUUUACUGUUGCUACCGCACAUUACGUCACUGAGUCGUCCGCAUCCCGAGUGGUGACUAAGCAGUCUUCUGGUGAAAAGCUCAUGGAUGGCUCUGAAAUCUUCAGUUUAUUAGAGUCUGCGCGAAAACCAACAGAAUUCAUAGGAGGGGUUACUUCUACUUCUCAAAGCUGGGUGCAGAAAGUGGAAACCAAGAUAGAGUCCAGCGAAACAGAGACAGAAACAACCCCACACCACCAGCCCCUUGGCACUGAGAAGGUGGUACAGGAAACUCUGUUGGUGGAGGAGAGGCGUGUGAUGAAUGUGCACGCGAGUGGGGAUGCUUCUUACGCGGCUGGGGACGAUGCAGAUGCUGCAGCACAGCCCACAGCUACCGAAGCAGUCAGUGUGAAAGGGAAGGAAGACUUUGCUGUGACUGAGGGGGCCAAAGAGGAAAGACGGGAAGAGGCCGAUAAAGCUGGACCUGAGCAGGAAGAGAGAGCUCCUGCUUCCCACGAGCGAGAGGAGGAGCAGGGUGCAGCCAUUCAGGUUUCUGAAACUUCAGAACAAAAACCUCACUUCGAGUCAUCCACUGUGAAAAUGGAAACCAUCAGUUACGGCAGUGUUUCCCCAGGAGGAGUAAAGCUAGAAGUUUCCACCAAGGAAGUGCCAGUAGUUCACACAGAAACGAAAACCAUCACAUAUGAAUCAUCACAGGUGGAUCCUGGGGCUGAUCUGGAGCCAGGCGUGCUGAUGAGCGCACAGACAAUCACUUCUGAAACCACCAGUACCACCACCACCACGCACAUCACCAAAACUGUGAAAGGAGGCAUUUCAGAGACACGAAUCGAGAAGCGAAUAGUCAUCACAGGAGAUGCGGACAUUGACCAUGACCAGGCUCUGGCUCAGGCAAUUAAAGAGGCCAAAGAGCAGCACCCUGACAUGUCAGUGACCAAAGUAGUGGUCCAUAAAGAGACAGAGAUCACACCAGAAGAUGGAGAGGAUUGACCAGAGGAAUAAUUUAGCUUGCACAUGAAUCCAGUCAUGCAAACCAUUAGGAAAACCAGAGCCUAUAUGGAGUUCCCUCUUCUAACCCAACUGACUUGUAUCUGUCCGUGGAAAAUUCCAAUCCAGAAGAAUUGACCUGGACUAUUAAUAAAGACACUGGCAGAGAGAUCUUCCCAUAAUAAAGCAAUCCGAAUCAGCAUCACUAAACUGAUAUUGCAUGAAGCAACGAUAAAAUUACAAAAGAGCAGCAUUUUUAAUUUUCACAAAAUGUCUCAGUUUCCAGCUCUACCUGCACGUUCAUAACCAACGAUAUAAACCGUGAUCUCAUGUAACACAAAAAACAAUCCAUGCCUUUCAUAGUUUAUUAUUAUUAAAGUCUCAACAAAAUUGCAAUUUCCUAGGUGACAGAUCUUUUGUUUACAGAUAAAUGAAGAUUACCCUAAAAUGCUAGAAGCUGUCUAGGUCCAGUGUGUCGGACUUAUCCCAGAUUAGAUGUGCCAAUAACCGAGUUUAUUCAGUAAACAACUUGAAUCUUGUACUUGUUUCAUCUGUUUUUAUUAUUAUCAUCCAUAAACAGUAAUGACUCUCUGACCCUCUGGAAAUAUUUAAUGCUUACAAUCUUGCUUUGUGUAUCUCACUUAAUUUGUUAAAAGGUAGUACUGAUUUUAGCAUAUCAUUCAUGUGAUUUCUUCCUUAUUGUUCACUUUGGUCUGCAUUUGAUCUGGAAAGCUCCCCAGAGUUCUCCAGCAAGUCCCAAAUAUGUAAAUUGUCAUUGUUUUGGGAAGAAAACCUGUGUUUUUGUUAAUUUACAAUAUUAUGAAAGUUCACUCCAGGAAAACCUGUUGAGCUUCUGUUGCUUUGUGUUCUUUCUUUGUUUCUUUUUCCUUGUAUUUUUCCAUUGAUUUUUCUUCUUUGACUUGAAGUGUUUUAUUUCCAAAUCUGGUCCAUAUUUACAACCUAGUUCAAGAGCCAAGCCUUAAACUGUACAGAAUUUCCACUGUAAUUAAAAUUAUUGAGUGUUUAGUUAUAAAUAGCCUUCAAAAAGAUAUAUUCUCCACCACACUGUCAAUGCAUCACAGUCCAUGGUGAAUGGUGUUUCUGCAUAGUGAAAUAAAAAUGGCAAACGCAUCGAAA